AUGCGACGCGCCCUCCUCCCGCUGCUGCUUGCCGCGCUCGCCGCCGCCGGCCUCUGGCUGGCGCUGCCGACGCUGGCGCCCGGACUGCCGCCCCUUUCGCACGGCCUGCUGGCCGGCGGCCUGUUCCUGCUGCUCGCCGCCGGGCUGGCGGCGUUGCGGCGCGAGCGGGCGCUGGUCGCCCUGGGCGGCGAGAUGGCCGAGCUGCGCCGGCGCGUGCACGACGCCGAGGAGGAGGUGCUCUGGGCCAGGCGCGAGUUGAAGAGCCUGGUCGAGGCGUUGCGCGCCCACGCCGCCGCCCGGACCCCGGAACCCGAGCGGGCCGUCACCGAGGCCCAGGCCGAGGUCCGCCUGCUGAAGUCGGUGGCGGCCCUGACGGCGGUGCGCGAGGCACUGAAGGAGGACCGCAUCGAGCUGGUGCUGCAGCCGAUCGUCAGCCUGCCCCAGCGCCGCCGCCGCUUCUACGAGUGCUUCUCGCGCCUGCGCGACGCCGAAGGGCGCCGGCUGCUGCCCGAGGCCUACAUCGCGGUGGCCGAGCGCGCCGGCCUGAUGGCGGCGAUCGACAACAUGCUGCUGCUGCGCUGCAUCCAGCUCGUCCGCCGCAUCCAGCGCAAGGGCGAGCGGGUCGGCUUCGUCUGCAACCUUUCCCCCCACACCCUGAAGGACGCGGAGUUCUUCGGCGACUUCGUCGACUACCUCGACGCCAACGCCGAGCUGGCCACCAGCCUGGUGUUCGAGAUGACCCAGGCCGACUUCGCCGCGCUGGCGCCGGAGGCCGAGGACUACCUGGUGCGGCUCUGGCAUCUGGGCGCGCGCCUGUCCCUCGACUCGGUGCGCGACCUGGAGCUCGACCCCGGCGCCCUGGCGGCCCGCCACGUCGACUUCGUCAAGGUGCCCGCCGCCGCCCUCCUGACCGAGCCGCCGGAGCGCGUCACCCGGCUGCGCCGCCGCCUGGCCCAGGCCGAGAUCGACCUGGUGGCCGAGAAGAUCGAGAGCGACGAGCAGCUCGUCGAGCUGCUGGAGCUGGGCAUCGACUACGGCCAGGGCUACCUCUUCGGCGAGCCCCGGCAAGGGGCUGGAGGUGGGGGCCGGGCUGUGGCACAAGGACGCCGCCUCCUUCCCGAACGUGAACGGCUUUCCAUGACCAUUCCCCUGCAUGCCGGCCUGGAGCCCCUGGCCGCGGCCUACGACGCCUACGUCUGCGACCUCUGGGGCGUGCUGCACGACGGCGUGCACGCCUUCCCCGAGGCCGUCGCCUGCCUGGAGCGCCUGCGCGCGCGCGGCGCGCGGAUCGCCGUGCUGUCGAACGCGCCGCGCCGCGCCGCCGAGGUCGAGGCCAAGAUGAACGAACUGGGCAUCGCCCCGGGGCUCUACGACCUGGUGCUCUCCUCCGGCGAGGUCACCUGGCAGCAUCUCAGCCGCCGCCGCGACCCCUGGUACGCCGCGCUCGGCCGGCGCUGCUUCCACAUCGGCCCGGACCGCGACCACGGCAUGCGCGCCGGGCUGGACUACGACUUCGUGGAGGACCUGGCGCAGGCCGACUUCCUGCUCAACACCGGCGCCCACAUGACCAGCUCGACCCUGGACGACUACGCCCACGAGCUGGCCGCCGGCGCCGCGCGCGGCCUGCCGAUGGUCUGCGCCAACCCCGACCUGGAGGUGAUCCGCGGCGGCCGGCGCGAGAUCUGCGCCGGCCUGCUGGCCCAGCGCUACGAGGAGCUGGGCGGCGAGGUGCGCUACCACGGCAAGCCCCACGCCGAGGUCUACGAGGCCUGCCUGGAGGGCCUGGGCAUCCGCGACCCGCGCCGCGUCGCCGCGCUGGGCGAUUCCCUGCGCACCGCGCUGGAUAUCGAAGAAGGCGAGACGCCCACGCCCGAGGCGGUCUGCCGCCUCUGCGCCAAGGCCGGCAUGCGCCCCGUCGCCUGCCUGCCGGAUCGCACCGCCGCGGCGCCCUGCCGCCGGGGAUCGCGCUGCGCACAGCCGCCGCGUGGACAGGGCUCCCGCCUGCGUGGUUAUAUCCGGCGCACCGGACGGCGGUCUUAUGUGGAGACCGCCGCGGCAAAACAGCGCAGACGUAGGCGAGCCAUGGCGGACUUUCCCAAGAAGAGCCUCGACGACUGGCAGGCCCUGGCGGCCAAGGAACUGAAGGUCGACUCGCUCGACGGCAAGGUCUGGACCACGCCCGAGGGGAUCGACGUCAAGCCGCUCUACACCGCGGCGGACCUGGAAGAGAUCGGCUUCCAGGAGACCCUGCCCGGCUUCGCGCCCUUCACCCGCGGGCCGCGCGCGACGAUGUACGCCGGCCGCCCCUGGACCCUGCGGCAGUACGCCGGCUUUUCCACCGCCGAGGAGUCCAACGCCUUCUACAAGGCCAACCUCAAGGCCGGCCAGAAGGGCCUGUCGGUGGCCUUCGACCUGGCCACCCACCGCGGCUACGACAGCGACCAUCCGCGGGUGCUGGGCGACGUCGGCAAGGCCGGGGUGGCGAUCGAUUCCGUCGAGGACAUGAAGAUCCUGUUCGACGAGAUCCCGCUCGACCAGAUGAGCGUGUCGAUGACCAUGAACGGGGCGGUGCUGCCGGUGCUGGCCGGCUACAUCGUCCCCUCGAUGCGGAUCGUGGCCGACAUCAUCGCCUACACGGCCGAGAAGAUGCCGCGCUUCAACUCCAUCUCGAUCUCCGGCUACCACAUGCAGGAGGCCGGGGCGACGGCGGUGCAGGAGCUGGCCUUCACCCUGGCCGACGGGCUGGAGUACGUGCGCGCCGCCCGCUCCCAGGGCCUGGAGGUCGACGCCUUCGCGCCGCGCCUGUCCUUCUUCUUCGCCAUCGGCAUGAACUUCUUCAUGGAGGUGGCCAAGCUGCGCGCCGCGCGGCUGCUGUGGGCCGAGCUGAUGGCCGAGCAGUUCCAGCCCAAGGACCCGCGCUCGCUGAUGCUGCGCACCCACUGCCAGACCUCGGGCGUGUCGCUGACCGAGCAGGACCCCUACAACAACGUCAUCCGCACCACCAUCGAGGCGCUGGCCGCGGCGCUCGGCGGCACCCAGUCGCUGCACACCAACGCGCUGGACGAGGCGGUCGCCCUGCCCACGCCCUUCUCGGAGCUGGGCGGCAUGACCAAGGCGGUCGAGACCGGCAUGCCGAAGAUGCGCAUCGAGGAGUCGGCGGCGCGCCGCCAGGCGCGCAUCGACCGUGGCGAGGAGACCAUUGUCGGCGUCAACAAGUACCGCUCCGAGGCGGCCGAGGAGAUCGACAUCCUCUCGAUCGACAACGCCGAGGUGCUGGCCAAGCAGGUCGAGCGGCUCAAGGCGCUGCGCGGCCGCCGCGACGAGGCCAAGGUCAAGAGCGCCCUGGAGGCCCUGUCGAACGCCGCCGAGACGAAGCGCGGCAACCUGCUGGAGCUCUCGGUCGAGGCGACCCGCGCGCGCGCCACGGUGGGCGAGAUCUCCGACGCGCUGGAGCGGGUCUUCACCCGCCACCGCGCGGUGGUGCGCUCCAUCUCCGGCGUCUACGGCUCCGCCUACGAGGGCGACGCCGGCUUCGAGAAGAUCCGCGGCGAGAUCGAGGCCUUCGCCCAGGAGGAGGGCCGGCGCCCGCGCCUGCUGGUG